UGAAGAAAGCCGCAGAUUUGUAUUUAAAUUGCAAUUAAUGAAAAGUUGUGUUCUAGCACAUUCUAGACUUGUUUAGAAACUGAACCCGGUCCAAGCUAAGCUAGCAUUUUUGUCGAUCCCAGAACCUGCUCGAAACUUCUUCUACCUACAUAAAUCCCAACCUCGUCGGCGUUUCUUGAUCACGUCACAAAAUUAAACAUUCCAAUUCCAAUUCGCGAAAUUCCACAAAGUUGAAGAAAUGGAUUUGAGGUUGAUGGGUUUCGAUCACCCGCUCUUCCACCCGCUCCACCACAUCGUGGACUACGCCGGCGACGACAAGUCAUCCAACAGCAGCGCGCCUUCUCGGACGUUUAUGCUCGACGCCAAGGCAAUGGCAGCCACCCCGGCGGACGUGAAGGAGUACCCCAACUCCUACGUGUUCAUCAUAGACAUGCCGGGGAUGAAGUCCGGCGACAUCAAGGUGCAGAUCGACGACGACAACGUGUUGAGUAUUAGCGGGGAGCGGAAGCGUGAGGCGGAGGAGAAGGAGGGGGCCAAGUAUGUGAGGAUGGAGAGGAGGGUGGGGAAGUUAAUGAGGAAGUUUGUGCUGCCGGAAAAUGCGAAUAAGGAGAAGAUCACUGCGGUUUGCCAGGAUGGGGUGUUGACCGUCACGGUGGAGAAGCUGCCGCCGCCGGAACCGAAGAAGCCAAGGACCAUUGAGGUCAAAAUUGCUUGAAAUGAGCAUAUGCUGAUAUGCAUCUAGUUAUGAGUGCUCUGUUUUUCUUGCGUGAUGAAUAAUUUUGUUUUCAAAUGUGAUGCAGAAUGUAUAUUGGAAGGAGCUUCUGUUGGUUUUAAUUUCAAAUUAUUAUUUUCUAUCUUA